AUGGAGGUGGUAACGUCGCAUAUAAAAGCUACCGUAACUCCGACGAAGAUCACAGAGCUCAGUGAGUUUCAGUGUAACCAAUCAAGCAACAUGAACUCCUUCGUGAUGAUGACCAGCUUCGUUCUCCUGGCCGUUCUCAGCAGCGGUAUCGCCGGUUUGGUACCGGCGGCUGUUUCGGCUCCGCUGGUUGCGGCACCCGCUGCGGUCGGGUACGCAAAGGCAGUGCCCUACAACAUCCCGCCCUACGCCUCGAGGGUCGACAUAAGCACGAGGAACCUGGCCGCCCCCUACGUCGCAGCCGCUCCCUACGUCGCGGCCCCCGCACUUCCGUACGCGGCACUUCCGUCGGCUCCACUCGUCGCUGCACCGGGCUUUGUGCCCUCGGCUUACGCCGGAAGUCUGGCCGCCCCAUUGGCCCACGCCUACGCAGCUCACAGCGCCGCGAUCGUGGGGUGGGCUGUCGAAAUGGAAGAAAACAACGAGGAAACCAAAGUCAUGUUUUGCCAUGGAAUAUUCCAGACAAAGGGAAAUGUUGGAACGUUCACGAUCGACGGGGCUACGCCAGACUUCGUCCACAGGGAGCCCACCAGCUGUUACCGGGUGUGGCUCGCCCGUAAUACCUAUAGACAUUUGACCAAAGGUCAUCUGGUAUGCAAGAGAGGUGCGAAUCCAUUUCUUCGACAUCGGUUGAGUACCCACCGCAGAAAUGGUGAGGGAUCCCCUGCCACCGUUGAAAAACCGAGUAUAAAAGCCAGCGUCCAUAAGCCGAGUACAUCGCAGUCUUCGCAGCGGAUCCAACAAACCAAACCAAUUCUCAAAAUGAUGACCAAGUGCCUCAUCCUCGUCGCCGCCCUCGUGGCCGUUUGCUCCGGCGGUGCCGUUCCUCUGGCGGUACCAGCACCAGUUCCGGCUGCUCUGACCGUCGGAACUUUCGCGAGCAGCUACAACGCUCACGCCAUCAACCACGCCAUUGCCGCACCUUAUGUAGCCCCAGCCGUAGCCGCCGCACCUUACGUAGCCCCAGCCGUAGCCGCCGCACCCUUGGCCGCAGCACCCGUAGCCUAUUCCGCCGCUUACCCUGCCUAUUCCGCGUACCCAGCCUUCAACGCGUACUCGGCUCCCCUGUUCGCCGGACGUCGUUAAGCUUCUCCGAACUUCGAACUCUCCCAGAUAAGAAGAAAAGCAAGAGUUGCGAAGAGUUAACAUUCACUGUGCGGAGAUGCUGAUCGAUAAUCUAAAACACGGCAGCUCAACCACCGAACUUAUUCAUUCGAUUAUAAAUUUGAUUGUAAAUUCCGAAGAACAGACAAGGGUGGAGUGAAUCUACGAAUUUCCGGAACACCUUACUUACACCCGAGCACUUCGUGUUAUCCACUUCUAAACUUCGUCGGUGUUGAUAAAAUACCGACCGGAUUUCAACGAGUUGGACUUUCUUAUGCUGGAAAAAGUGUACAACUUUAUCCUUGUACACGCUAUAUACAGUGUCGGUAAACCGGCGGCAUACCUGUAAUUAUUUAUUCUGGUACCACAGACGGCAGGUAAAACAGCCGGAGCAGAGAUGUCCUCAUCGAGCACUUGGUCUCUUAUCCAUCAGCGGAAAUCCUGUGAUCAUUACAUUAUACAUACAUAUAUAGUUUAUAUUUUCGCAACUCAAUUAUUGGGAGGUAUUAUUUUCAAUAAAUAACAUCUAUGAGAGCAAA